AUGACAAUCCUCACAAACUUCCUCCUCCUCCCCCUCACCCUCCUCACCACCCUCACCACAUCCACUACCGCCCAAACCCCCAAAUCCCGUACCCUCCACCCAGAACUCAACGCCGCCCUUCGCACCGCCGCCACAUCCUUUGACCGCGCCGCCCUCCUCCCAAACAGUGCAGAUUGGACCUACGACUUCACAAAGCACCCCAACUACGACUCCCCCACCGGCGCCGUCAUCAACGCCGACGCCGCCACUUUCCCGGCAGUCACGGGCCUCGGAUCAAGCGUCGCACUCCUCAAGUUGGCCCCCUGCGGCAUGCUGCCCCCGCAUUUACAUCCCCGGGCUACCAACAUUGUUACUGCCAUCACUGGCAACACGACCACGUGGAUGAUUGGCGAGAACGGCGUGGGCGUCAGGAGAGUCGAGUUGCUGCCGAUGAUGGUGACGGUGUUUCCGCAGGCGAGUUUGCACAUGAUGCAGAAUAACGACUGCGAGCCCUCCCUACUCAUCUCAUCGCUUAAUAGCGAUGACAGCGGUACUCUGAAUAUUCUGCCUAGCUUGUGGUCUGUACCACAAGAUAUCAUCGGUGCGGGCUUCGGCAAUGAUGCGUUCAACGCGGCGGAUGUAGGCAAGGAUAUUCCUGCUGUAGGUACGGGUGCAAUUAUCGGGAGUGCGGAGUGUAAGAAACGGUGUGGUAUCUCAACUUGA